AUUUGGUUUCAGUGUCGUGUUGGAUUGUGUUGUUUCUUCGGUUUGUGAUUGAUACUUCAACAGAAAAGUAAUAAAAUGGAAAACGAUCAAUAGUAAUUUGUUUCUCGUAAUUGUAAAGUUUAUAAAAACAUACAUCAGUGAAAUUUGCAGUGUAUUUUUGUUCUAACGACACAGCUGAUAAUUUGUUUGUGACUGCCUAUGAAUAAAAAUUAUAGCCAGUGAAAUAUCUUACAAGAUUGUGUGCACAUAUAAAUAAUAAAUCAUUGGAAUUUCCAAUUGGUCUCUAUCGAGUGAAACGCCAAUGUUGUGAUCACGGUACUCCAUACAUCAGCUGAUAACAUAAAUGUCCCCAACUCCACCACUAUAAAAGUGUUCCAAGUGUCAUAGUGUCAGUGCAAGUGUUACUAUGUUGUGAAGAUGUCGAAAGUGCUAUCAGCGCUCGGCGGGGCGCUCCCUGACGAGCGUCCUCUACUCUCGCUCCAGAUUGUGGAGAGCGUGGCCAAGUGUCCCACGGGAUAUUGGCCGGUCAGCCGCACGUAUGAUGAGGACGCUGAUGCUGGUCUGUUGCGGCAGACAGGGCUGUUUGGGAAGAAGCCGAGCCAUUAUAUCUGUCUGUCGAAGUCUGAGGGUGUACCGGGCUACGUGAUGGACGGCGUAAUGGUCCUGGGCGAGCGUGAAGCCACGCCAGCCGGGUAUAGCGUGGCGGGGCGCGCGGGCAAGCGGCGGCUGUGCACGCGCGUGUCGCGGGUGGGCACCGCGCCCGCGCCCGCCGCGCCCGCACCGCCCGUCACUGACGUCAUCGUGUGCUCGCGUAUGAGGACCGCGCCACAGGGGUUCUUGCUAGCUGGCGAAAUAAACGGCAAAGUGGUCUGCUACAAAGUGAGCGGCGGCAGCGGGGAGACGUCGCCCACACACCACUCGGAGUACGAGAAUGUCAUAUCCAACAUCACACCUGAAGCCAAUAGGAGUGCAGCCUCGACUAAAUUCAAACAUUUCAAAUUGUUAUGGCACGGAUGUUCACGAUUAAGGCCCGUUCCCGAGCGGCCACCGAAACUGUCCCCACUGGUCACAGAACUGAACAACUUGAACCUCAAAUCGCCAAGCACUUAUCCGAAAAUUGAAGAGUUCACUACCGACCAUGAUUACGAAGCCCUAAGUCCGUCUUACAAUCUGAAGCCGGCUAGGCCUGCGCCCCGGCCGCCGAAGUCCCCAAUACCCUGCUUAGUGGGUAGUCCGGGGGUAAAUUCCCCCCAUUCUCCCCAUUCCCCGCACGGAAGGAAGAAAGGCCCCGCACCGUUGCCACGGGUUACCAACUACCAGACGCUUGGAGGGUAUAAUGGCUUAGAGGGAGUGCCGUUUGUACUGAAUUCGAAGUUGAGAGGGCUGCCCAGUGAUGCUUUGGGUCAAAUACCAGUAAUAACGAAACGGUCUCGUUUCGACCUAGACAGAGAUUACGCUUACACGUUCACAGUGGAGCGGCAGACGUGAGACUAAUAUAUAAUAAUAAUGUUUUAUAUGUAUAUUUUACCGGCUUAUAGAUUUUUCUGGAUUGUUGGUCAAUAUCCUCCAGAAAAAUAAGUUUUUUUAUGGAUACAAAAGGAAUUCUUUAGUUUUCCAGAAAUAAAUGCACACUUCUCGUACAAUAGUAUUCAAUACGUAAUGUCGUAUUUAUCUGUUUUUCACAAAAAAAAAUGUUUUUUUUAAAUGUUUAUAGAACAUUUUUAUUGUUUAAAGUUGUGUAGUUUUCUGCAUUCCUGUUACAAUAUAGUGAUCAGAUUAUUAUAUGAAAUAAUAGUAAUUGUUAACUUUUUAAAAUAAAAACUUCGCCUUAUUUUAUUUAUUAAUCGAUAGUCAAUAAUAUAUGUAUGUCACAAUGUAAUACUCAAUUUGAAAAAUGUUUUAUAUGAAUUAAAAUUGGCUUAUUUUUUUAAGCAUUAAAGUUAAAAAUCGUGUUGGGAAUGAUAUUACGGAAACGGGAUUUUUAACAGUUUCUGAAUUAGGUUAUAAAAUUGGUUAGUUUCCAACGAUGUAUGUUGACAUACAUAAAUAUUGUAUUGAGUUUUUCUUGCCAUACGUCAAAAAGGAAUAAAAUAUAUUAUGUCUGGUAACCCUAUACGUUUAUUGAUGAAUUUCUCUUAAAAUUUUAAUAUGACAAUUUCAUUAAAAAAAUUGGUCAAUAAUUACAUGAUUUACUAUUAAGAUUUUUUUAAACAUAUCGUGGUAUAGGUACUGCAGGGUCCAGCAAAUGUGAUUAUGUACGGAGUGAGCGACAAGACUGACGGUUGCUAAUGUAAAGUGAUUGAAAUUUCAAUAGCUCGGUGUUGCCAUCUUGCGGAAUUUUACGAAAAUUAAAUGACUUUUUAAUCUGUGCUUGGGGUGAUUCUAUUGUGGUUUCUAACAAAGCGUGCUUAUUGUAUAUUUACAAUUUUAUUUUAUACAUUAAAUAUAAAAUCGACCCUAUAUUCUAUGUGAGCUUUUUAAAAUGAAACUUCAAGGUUUUCAAACGUGUUUGUAACUUUUUUCUACGCUACUGUCCCGUCCAUAUUUUUGGAAUAAUGAAAUAUCUCAGUCAGCUUCACAGUUUUUUUAGUGUAUAAAAACGAAAAACGAAAUAUUUGCUAUCAUUUAUUUUGCACGUAUGGGGGAAGUUGUUAGAGUGGUCUUGAAUUUCUACUAUAAUGUAGACUUUUUUGGUAUUUUUACGAAAUUCUUAAUUGUAUAUGAGAACUAUAAUUUUAUUAAACGUGCCAAUUUAAGAGUAGUCAUGGUGGUAUCUAAUUAAAUGAUUCUGAUUCAAAUAAUUAAUCACCAAUCAAAAACAUCACCAAUAGUUAAGAUUUAAUGUAGUGUAAAAGGUGAAAAAGCCAGCCAAUAUUGUUCCUAGUCAGAUCGGUAUACAAUAAAAUGGUAACGUAUUUAAGAUGGUAACACUUACGAAAUUUUAAUAUCUCGUCAUCAAUUUACACUUGAAGCUUCACAUUCAGCUCAAAUGUUCGAACGUUGUAUAUAUUAUAACUUUUUAUACAAAUAUUUUAGUUGUAUAAAAUGAAAUGAAUAAAAAAUAUGAAAUUAUGGAUAAUGUUUUUCAUGUUUUAAUGAUUACGGCUUUUUGUUUGGCGCAUGUUAGGGUUAAUUUUACUGCUAUUUUAUACUAAGAAGCAUAUCCAAUAUUAGCAAUGAUUUCCGUGUCUAUCGUGGUGCGCACUUUACAGUUAUAAUUAAUACAUAUACAAGGAAGUUAAAUAAAAUAUAACAUUGGGUUGUGAUCACAUUGCCCAAGUACGCUCUUUUCUGUGCUCUGUAAAUUUGUCAAUUUUUUUGUACAUAUCUAUUGUAUUAGCUAUAGUUUUUGUAUUAGACAAAUAUUAUUUUUACAUUUUUUCUUAUAAUGAUGUGACGAUAUUCGUUGAAUAGGAGUGAAUUAUUUCAUCGACAUUUAAUUUUAUUAGCUGUAAUUAGCUUUUAUGAGUGUAACCAAUAGGAGCUCAUGUGUUAAUGCAAGUUGCUGUGAACUGGCAAUACUUUUAAUAUAAAAUAUAAAAUAAAAUUUUAAAGUAUUGUUAAAUACGUUUAUCUGAUAAAAUUAAUUUCAAGGAAAAUUUAAAAGUGUAAUCAGUUCACAGUUAUACAUUGUUACCUUAACGAAAUAAAUAUUAUACUGAAAUCUAGGAAUAAAAAGUAUACCUAGUUAUCUAGAAUCUGGGGCCUUAGACAAAGUAACAAUUACAAAACGAUAACGAAGUUAGAAAUCGCAAAAAUAUAUGGGAUUGACAUUAGAUAGACCACGUGAUCUAACGCGGCGUAUGUCAAUCCCAUACAUUUUUGCCUUUUCUAACUUCGUUAUCGUUUUUUAAUUGUUACUUUGUCUAAGGCCCCUGUUCACAAGUUACUCGAUUCUAUACAAUGACCUGUUUAUGAAAUUAUUUGUAAAUAUUUUAUAUCGAACCGUAAUGUUAUUAGAAUACGCUUGUAAUGAAUUGUAUCUCAUAAUUUUGUUUAGUAAUUAACAGAAAAUAUAAAUUAUUGAAUUUGUA